CCUCAUAGGUCGUUUUACUGCAGCUUUGUUUGUAAACAGAGGUCUUGCAUAUGAAUGUAAUUUUGAAGCUUGCUUAGACAUUUGCAGAUAUAGUAAUGGCAGAAAAAGAGGAGAAUGAGAUUAUUGAACACCAUGUUAGUGAGGAAAUGGAAAAGAAAAGAUCCAGGACAAGAGAUUCUCAUUCAUUUCUGCAGAGUGACACCUUCUCUGAGAAGGAGGGACGCAGCAGUACCCAGUCAUCUCACCGGCUUCUAGCGUACAGCGAUGCACUCAUCUCCAUAAUAGCUACUGUCAUGAUUUUGCCUGUAGCACAUACAAAGAUAGAGCCGGACCAGGAAUUGCAAGAAAGUUUACAGCAGCUCCUGACAACAAAAAUUGCUGUGUACCUGAUGACCUUUUUAAUAGUCACUGUGGCUUGGGCUGCACAUAUCAGAUUAUUCCAAGUAAUUGAACGGAUAGAUGACUUCCUAGCACUUCUUAACCUGGCAUGUAUGAUGCUAAUUACUUUCCUGCCAUAUACAUUCUCCUUGAUGGCUACAUUCCCAGAAGUUCCACUUGGAAUUCUGUUAUUCUGUGCUUGUGCAAUAGUUAUAGGUCUGAUUCAGGCUGUGAUUGUCAUAUACGGAUUUGGCCAUCCUUACCUUUUGAAUGACUGCAUACAGAUAUCAGAAAACCAGACCUUCUACAAACGCCACAUAUUAGAGAUUAUUUUAAGAGUACCUGCUUUCUGCUUUUUUGCAGGGAUCUUUUCUUUCAUAUUUUUCCCGCUGUCAUACGUUCUCCUUGCAGUGGUCAUCUUCCUUCCUUACAUAACCCAGUCCUUAAAAUGGUGUGGAAACAAGCUUGCUGGUCGUCAAGAGGAACUUCCUGAGAGCAUGUUGCUCUACUCAUACCAUCCAAGUGAGCCUCUCAGUAAAGAGCGGGUUGAAGCCUUUACAGAUGGGGUAUAUGCUAUUGUAGCCACGCUUUUAAUUUUGGAUAUAUGUGAGGACAAUGUUCCUGAUCGCAACGAGGUGAAGGAGAGGUAUCAAGGCAGUCUGGUUGCGGCUCUCAGCGAGUUUGGCCCUGAGUUCCUGGCUUACUUCGGCUCUUUUGUGACUGUGGGGCUCCUCUGGUUUGUCCAUCAUUCACUGUUUUUGCACGUAACCAAGGCGACAAGGUUCAUGGGUCUACUCAAUACAUUUUCACUGGCGUGUAUCGGGGGCCUUCCUUUGGCCUAUCAGCUUACUCAUGAGUUCACAAAAAACUCACGCAACGAACUGGAGGCGAUCCAGAUCAGCUGCGUCAUCAUCUUUUUCGCUGGCAUCUUCCAGCUCGCCAUUUGGGUCACUGCCCUCUUCAAUGAAAGGGAAACUCUGCAUCCAUACGUGAGGUACGGGGGUAGAGAACAUGCUUUCAUGUUUGCCAAGCUUGCCCUGUACCCCUGUGUCACGCUUACCACUUUCUUCCUCACUUGCAUUUUGAGUAAAUUCAGUGCCCAGAUUUUCCAUCUCAUGCAAAUCAUUGUGCCAUUUGCUUUCCUGGCCCUUCGUGUUCUUGUCAGCGUUGCCUUGGCACUUUUAAGGUUAGUGUUUUGUCCAGCCAAACCAACGGACAAUGCACUAGAGGAAGAUGAAAGUCGUUUGCCGUUCAAUGAUGUGUUGUCUUAGCUUAGAUUUUAAUACACUUGCAAGAAAAAAAAUCUGUUGGGUUGGUUGCUUUACUUUUUCUCCUUCAUUUGAAAUGGCUCUACCUUUUAUGGUAAUUGAAACCAUUAGUGCAGGUACUUCAGUAGUGACCAUACAUUUUAACCAUAAAUAUUGCUUGAAGGAGUUUGAUACUAUGACUCGUGAAGCUUCUAUCAUUAAGGUAAAAGUUUAAUAUUUCAUGAGAGGAGAGUGGACAGGUCAUGAAACACUGCAUUACCUUCGCCCCCCUCUGCUUUCUGUUGUGUCAGUAAUCUUAGAAAGAGGCUUUUGACUGUCUGUUCUUUAGCUUCAACAAAUAGACAUUAUGAAUGAACUCCAUUCUCAAGAAUGGAGUUCAUUCAUGUAUUAAGGUACAUGUAAAUUUAAAGAAAAGCCUACUGUAAUUAGCCCAUCCAAGAAAGCACAGUCACUUUAAGCUAUUGCAACUGAAACUCACUUAGAAGUUACGUACAACUCACCUCAUCCAAGUAGUUUUUCCAGUACCUUUUAUCUGUUUCAUUACACAAUUAAUUGCUAGCUGACGAAAAAGCUUACCAACGCAUUGCUGUGGACAAGAAUGCAGUGGUGACGGGUAGGUGGGGCACGCCUGGUCGCAUGCCCCCCCCCACCCCCCCCGAGAUUUCUGCCAGGCAGUGGCUUAGCGUUACAGGGGGAAAAAAAGUUUUGAAAA